AUGCACGGUUCACAGCAUGAGGCACAUUCAGCUAGCUUGGACGCUUCAGAAUCCGUGCCCACGCCCCUCGAGCGCCCUGCAGCUCCCGGCGGCGAUGGCACGACGAAACCAGACCUGCGCGACACUCUUCCAAGUCCACGAUUGUCAAAAGACGACUGCUUGAAUCAGGACAAGACCAGUGGUGCCUCAAACGGCUCGAGCGGGAGCGAUCAUCUCUCAGAUGACAGACCCUCUCCAAAGUCCCACUUGCCCGGCAGACCCAGAUCGGCUUCUGAAGGUCGCUCAUCUGGAGCCGGUGAGCGCAAUUCUCCGGGUCCCAUCUCAUUGGACGUUGCUCAGUCUACAACUGUCCCAGGCAAACAGGAGUCGCUGGAGCUGUCUGCAACGUCCCAGCGCAUCAUCUCGGCAUCCAAUAGUGCCCCUACGACGCCCUCGGCGGGCUCAGCAGACACGAGUCGGACCUACUCGUUUGUGUUCACUUCAACACUCAACCCCUCGACCGCACCAGCACUUCCCCCCGAGCAGCCUCCGGCGUCCCCUGUCUCAGAGGCCAAAGCGACGCUUACUCCACAGCAAAUUCAUGCGCAUGCACUGGGUGCUGUUCACGCCAUUUCUGAAGACUCGCCGUUUCAACAAUUAGCGCGGGGUCGCUCAACCAGUACCGUCACGCAGAUGAACAUUCCGCUCCAAUCGUCCCUUUCUUCCGAUUCAUCCAACCCUAUCGAACGAUCGCUACAAACUCACGGUAUCGAAUUUUAUGUCAAUGCAGCACGCGCUGGUCGAACGAGUGCUACAGAAGGUCAAUCCUUGACGCCACCAGACCGCCCACCUUAUGCGCGUAGGACCCUGUCGUACACGUCUACACUUGCCUCAUUGGGUGAAGAUCAAGUACACGAUUCAGCAGGUGAACCGAGCUCGCCUGUGAGCGAGAUUACGCCGUCGACUAGAUUGACCAGCCGGAACAAGAAAAAACGCGUCAAAUCGUAUUCUAGAUACGUUGAAGAUGACUCGUGGGAUCAGUUUACCACUGUGCCCGUCAAGCGCACCAGUCGAGAGCCCAGUCUCGGCUCAUCAAACUCGUCUAGCUCGACAAAAUUAUCUAUUGAUGAGUCCCUGACGAGCAUGUCCUGCUUUGGUGUCAUUGGCAGCACUGGCUCUCCUGUCGAUGUCUUUGGUUCUGCCGUGGUGAGAACGAGUCGAACGUCGGAUCGGGAAACGCGGGCCCCGUCCUCGAUAUGUUCCUCUUCUUCGACGGCUAGGAACUCGGCUAGUGUUCCCACUCCCGACGACCCCACGCCAAAAGGUGAACGGCCAAAAGGUGAACAUCAACCAGCACCCGAUGGUUGA